AUGUUCAAAGCCCUCAUGGGCGGGGGCCGGUCCGAUACCCGAAGCACGACCAGCUCCAGCUCUAAAAGCCGACGCAGAGCCGAUUCUACCAAAUCCUCACAUAGCCGCAAAUCAUCACGGGGUGACGACCGUGACCGCGCCUUGGAGGAUGAAUCGCCUUACCCCCCGUCGGCCUCGGACAGCAGACGCGGUCCCUCCAGUGUCGCUGGCGAUUCUGUCGCAUCGACCUACAUGACCGCCGAGCCAGAACCCAUUGGCAGUCCGAGCCCUAUGAUAAUUGAACGGACACCGAAACGCAGAGAUAGCGAUCGGGAAAGCAAGAGCUCUCGCCGCCGCACCCGCGACCGAUCGGAAAGUCGAGAGCGCGAUAAAGGGAAGAGCCGUCGCAGUGUUGUUGAUGGGGUAUAUGAUGUGGAUGACGAGCGCAACCGUCGUGAGCGCCAGCGCACACAACCUGUGGAACCCUAUGUUCCACCCAUCUCUACAUCUAUGCCAUCUAGUGCGCCGGCUGCGCAGUUUCCUAUCGACAUGGGCGCUCCAGGAUUUUCGCAAUUCCCUGGACAAUUCCCCCACGAACCAUCAUCUGGCUCACCUCAUCAUGCGGCCUCACCUCCUCAUGUCGUCUCACCACCAGCCCCAUUCGAUCCGCAUGUCCAGCAGCAGUUUCCCGGCCAGUUUCCGGUCACGUCGGCGGGAGCCUAUUAUCCCCCCAACAACCCUGCUGGCGCUGCUGCGGACUAUUACGGCGAUCAAGGACAGUCUGUUGGCGCAUCUGAUGACGGCCUCGCCAUCAGCCAACCCCCUCCUGAGCCCAGUAGUCUUGGUGAGCUUGGGGCUGCGGCGGAUUAUUUCGACGAUAGCUUUCAAGUUCCCGAGGGACCAGCCAACCUCACAUCUUCCAAGCCUCCCAAGCCUGGCAAGAUUCAAUCUAAGCCUACGAGACCAUCAAAGCCUAGCAAGAUCUCCUCGUCAAGCGCUGUCCCUGCUGUUGCAGCUGCUGGAGCAGCUGCUUAUGGACUGAGCAGUGCCAUGUCCUCACACCACAGCGAAUCCUACAAUGAAACGACAACCGUCCAUCACUCUAACUCGUACCCGCAGCCGGCUGCCCCAUUGAACAGCGUCCCAAGUGCCAGCAAGCCUCCUCAAUCCCAUGGCAUCGGUGCUGGUGUCGGCGCCGCAGCUGCAGGCGCGGCUGCAGGAUACAUGCUUGGUCACCAACAUCAUUCUUCUAGCCCCGAAAAUGCAUCCCAGUAUACCUUCCAAAAUUAUGAGCAACCUCCCUCAGCUGGUCUGCCCCCUUAUGGCUCUGGCCCCAGCAAUGCGGUCAUGCCAGGAGGCCCUGGCCCCGAAGGGUACCCCAUGCAAAACCCUGGCUUUUAUCCUCAUGGAACCGGUGCCCUUGCUAUGCGACACCGCCCUCAAGGUCCUCUUUCGAAGUUCGCGGACUUUUGGCGGGACCCCGAAGGUGUCGGCAGGUUCGAAGACUACACCGAGUACAUUGGUGUUUGCAAGUACUGCUUUGAACCGGGAUCAAGCUGUCUUGAUGCUCCUCGCAAGCACCAUUAUCAUGGGCGCCGGCACUCUUCGGAUCGUUACAGCAGUAGUGGCGCUUCUCGAGUAAGCAAGCUUAGUCGAUACCAAUCUUCGGAAGAUGAAAGCCGUCGACGCAAGAAGUCACACAGGUCAAACAAGUCUACUUCCUGGCUUCCAGCACUGGGUCUCUUUGCUGGCAAAGAAUUCAAAGACUCCUACAGUGUUCGCCCUAGUCGAGGCGCAGAUGACCGUGUUUCGUCUUAUGACGCUGAGACCACCUCAAUCUCUGACCGCAGGAGUUACACUUCCCGUGGUGUGAUCCGCCGGCCUAGCUCCCCGAGAGAGCAUUACCCUGAGUCAAGACACUCUCAUCGAACACGAUCACGGUCCAGAUCCUCGUCGCCGUCUGGUCAUCAUUCAUUCGUGAAGGAGGCAGCGCUGGGAGCUGCCAUUGGCGGAGCUGCGCUGGCUGUUGCGAAAUCAAACCAGCGAUCCCGCAGCCGCUCUCCUUCUCGAGUUCAACGACGCAAAGAGUCUUCUUCCAGCUCAUCUUUCCUUGAUGUCUCUCGACCUUCCAAGUCCCGUAGUGGAUUUACCUCAUUCUUUACUUCUUCCUCGGAGAAUCGCAAGAAGCAAAAAAGUCGAAGCAAGCGGAAGGGCUUCUUCUCUUUCAACAGCUCGUCAUCGUCGUCGCUUGAUGCUGAUUUGGCCUUUGGUACUGGCUUCGCAAAGAAGCUCAAGUCCAAGAAAGAAAAGAAGGGGAAAAAGAAGGAAGAUGUGAAUGCGGCGCUCCUGGGUCUAGGCGCAACAGCCACUGCUCUUGCUGCUUCGUCCCCUGGACGUGGCCGUACCACUGGCCAGAUACUCACUGCCAGAGAUAUUCGAUCCCGCCGUUCCGAUUAUACGUCUUCAGCCAAUGAAGAAUCGGAAUGGAUUGAUGCCGAAUCGGACGAUCAAUCAUCUGAGAGUGUUGCCUCUGCACUCGCAUUUGGUGGUAGCAGCGCCGAUUCCGGAUCCGACUCGAACCGUAGUGGCUGGGGCUUCUUCGGUUUCAACAAGAAGAAGAAGAGCAAGAAGGAAAAGAAAUCUUCUCUUGGUAAUGCUGCCCUGGCAGCAGGUGCUGGUGCUCUCGGAGGUGCGGCUCUAGCUUCUAUCGCUCGCGACCGUGACAGCCGAGUCUCAAACAGCUCUGGAAGCCUCCAGCAAGUUUAUCCCACCGCUACCUCCGAUCCGACCCGAUUUGACGCUACCAGGAUAUCUCCCUCCGUUAUGUCAGGCGAGCCACCUCUAGUCCGCCCUGGUGCUAUUCCACUUCAGCAGCCUCAACCCGUCACACCUGUUUCCCAAGCUGUCUACACUACUCAAGGAAGUUUACCAGCCUCAAUCCCUGCAUACAGUGCCCCUGAGGCGUCUCUUGUUUUUGCCAGCGAUCCUGUAUUUGACCAGCACUUCCAAGGCCCCCGAGACCCGGCAUUUGUGGCCGAAGACCGUCAAUCUGAUCGUCGGAAGCACCGCCGUAGUGACUCUACCCCCAUUUUCCCUAUCCAAGAGAGUUCUAUCCCUGGCCCAAAACGUCGAUCUACCGCUAGAGAAGCAGCCUCUGUGUCUUUCGAUCUGACUGAAAAGCAAGAGGAACAGCAACGUCUUCGCGAAAAGUAUGCACAAUCAAAUACUGAGAAUGUCUAUCCGGCUGUGCAGUUGAUCGAUCGUGAAGCAGAGGAUGCUAAGCGAGACGAAGAUCGACGGGAGUUUGAGCGUCAAGAGCGGCGCCGCAGAGAACAAGAAGAUGAGGAUCGUCGCCGCAGAGAGCAAGAUGCCGAGGAUCGCCGUCGCAGACAACAGGAGGAUGAAGAUCGCCAUCGCAGACAGCAGGAGGAUGAAGAUCGCCGUCGCAGACAACAGGAGGAAGAGGAUCGCCUCCGCAGACAACAGGAGGAAGAGGAUCGCCUCCACAGAAAACAAGAAGAUGAUGAUCGCCGCCGCGAUUCACGACCAGAAAAAGAUUCAUCUUCUUGGGCUGAGGCCGCCGCCAUUGGUGCCUUGAGUGGUGCUGCUGCCAGUACUCUCAUGUCAUCUCGCAAGACCGAUUAUCCAGAAGCCUCAGAAGCCAGCUCAGACCGUUACAGCAAGCGACGAGAGAAGCGCCGCAAGGAGCGAGAAGAAAGCCGAAUGGAAUCAUCUAUUGUUUCAAAGCCUGAUAUGGCUACGCCCAUCGAAGAGCCGGUGGCACCUGUGCUGUAUGAAGAGGAAGAAAAGAAGAAUUUGCCUCGUCGCAGCCCCCGAUCCUCCCCCGUCUAUGAAAGCUAUGCAGACUUCUACGCCCCUGACCUUCAUGGUAGCGCUGAUCAAGAGAAGCACAGUCGCGACUCUGAAGAUCCGCCCAAGAUUGUCGAAGUAGUACCUGCUAGCGAGCGUGAACGAGAGCAGCCUGAUGUAUUCAAGGAUACUGAGGAUGUCCCACACCCGUUCGCACGGGAGCCUUAUGAAGGCUAUGCUCUUCCGUUCAGGGUGCCGGCGCUAAUCUACACCAAGCCUACUCCCGAACAAAGUAUCAACGGAUCUGCAUGUGGUGUCAAUUCUCCAAUUGCUCCUGCUGAAACUUCUGUCGAACCUGUGUACGAACACGAGCGUCAGGCAGAAACCGAGGCAAAGCCUGAACCUGAACAUCAGCCCGAGGUCGAGUCCGAGGUCGAGCCAGAACAUGCACCUGAGCCAGACGUCAAAUACCCUCAACGAUUCACUACUGGCUCCCGAGUCUCCUGGGGCCACGACAAGACCCACGAAUAUGAAGUGCCUUCCUCCUCUGAACACGAUCCAACUGAUUAUGACAUUUCCCCCCUUGACGACCAAGCAAAGGAGUUCCCUUUGACUACCUCUGGAGAUGAGAAGAAGCCUGUUAGUAAAAAUGAUUUCGGUGAUGAUAUUGAGUUUGCUGCUAUCAUCGCCGCUGGAACCGAAGCAGCCGGAUUCGAUCCUUCUGUCGUCCUCAACGACCCCAAGUAUCACACACGUACCUCUCCUCCUGGGUCUGAGGAUGAGGGAAUGUUUUCUCCUCGCUCGAAGUGGAACGACGAGAAGGAAAAGCCACAUGGCUUUGUCGAAGGAGAAGUUGAGAGCCAUGAGCUUGAUCAGUCCAAGGAUAUUCAACCUCUCCAGCAUGUGAUUGAGGACAAACCUUUCUACUCCGAGCCUGAGUACAUCACAAAGGACCAAAUUCCAUCAUCCGAAACUCGCGAGAGGGGCUCAAUUGCCCAACGGGUCAUGGAAGAGUUGGAUAGGAAGGCCUCACCGCCCAGCUACGCUGAGCAUGAUGUUUUCUCCAUGCCUGGUGGGUUUGACACUCCCGCUGAGCCUCGCGAACCUGUGCAGUCUCGUGAUGACUCUCGAUCCGUUGUCUCUGCUCCUGUUGGGAGAGAAAUUGAGAAAUCCAGAAAAUCUCGCCCUAGUGGCGAUGAAUUCGAUUUGUCUCGUGAUAUUGCGCCGGCCGUCCUCGAAGGUGCCGAAGCCAUUGAUGAUGAAGAGAAGAAAAAGCAUCGCAAGCGUCGCUCUAAGCGCGACAGUGACACAUAUUCAGUUGGUGCUGAAUCUGUCGUCACUGUGGAUGAUGAUGAUGAUGACAAGUCUGAGCGUCGUAGACGCCGUCACCGCUCCUCCCGAGACGACAUUGACGAUGCGGCAUCCACAUUCACCGUUGAAGACGAUGAUGGAAAAUCUGAGCGCCGCAGACGCCGUCACCACUCUUCUCGUGACGAUGACGAUGCUGCAUCCACAUUCACUGUGGACGAUGAUGACAAGUCCGAGCGUCGUAGACGGCGUCACCGCUCUUCCCGCGACGACAACGAUGAUGCGGCAUCCACAUACACUGUUGAGGAUGAUGAUGGCAAGUCUGAGCGCCGUAGGCGUUCCCACCGUUCCAAGCAUGGUGAUGACGAUGAUGAUGCGCGAUCAGUACGUUCUACCCGGUCUACAGGCGAGGAUGAUGGGAAGUCCGAACGCCGCACGCAUAGUCGCCACUCCUCUCGGGACAGUCUAGUCGAAGACCGGGAUAAGCGUCGGAGCAAGGACGACAAAGAAAAGUCUGGUGGCAUCUUGCGCAGUCUUUUUGGUUCUCGGGUCUCGGCACCAGAAGAGCGACGUUCAUCUUCUCGAUCUUCAUCGCUUGACAAGCGCGUGUCUCGGGAUGCUGUCUCUGAAGCUGGAGUUGAUGAUGAAAAACGUCGACGCAAGAAGCGCUCAUCAAGCUCUAGACACAGCUCCAGUGGAGACAAGUUGGAAGGUUAUGACUCGGACAAGGUAAGUGUGAAGGAUGACGCAAAUCUGGAGGAGUACAGAUCGAAGAGGCAAGAGAAGGAAGAGCAGCGUCGACAACGUUAUGGUGACAUUGUCGACUCGGGGAGACGUCGGGAAUCUGAGAAGGACGGGAAACGAUCGGAAUAUAAUGACGACAGCGACAAGUCUUUUUUAGGGGAUCGCCCCGAAAUGCUACCCGCGGCUGAGCGCGAUGAACACGGUGCUUCGGGGCUUGAGGAGACGGCAGAGGGUGCAGCUAUUGCAGCUGCUGGUUUAGCAUUGGGAGAAGAGCUCUUCCGACAGCGACCACGAAGCCGUUCGACUUCCCCCCGUGCAGCAGAAAAAGCCCAUGACCUCGCCCCGAAGUCCCAGAGUAGACCGUCUUCUCCGGAGAUGUCCCGAAACCAGGAUCAACCACGACGGAUGUCCCUCAGCCGAUCGACAGAGUCGCCAACUGCAGUGCCUUUGCAUUUCCGUCGACCUCCGAUGUCCCCUGGUCUGCCUCGCUCAGUGCCAUCGGAGACCACAACGCCGCCUAGCUCGACCGGCUCUCCAACCCAAUCCCGCCAUCGCCGUCCCAAGUCCGUGGAGAUGUCUGGGGAAAUGCGCCCUCUGUUCCUAGUGGAACGACAUGGAGCAGCCAAGGUGGAGCCAGAGGUUGAUGAAAAGCUACCCUCACUUCCAUCUAGCAAGGCUUCUUCACGAGCUCCGUCUAUCGAGAAUCUCAGGGAACUUAAUGACGAAGAUGCUGUCAGAAGCUGGGAGCCUCUCGAUCCGAGUCCCUUGAUUGAGAGCCGAAGACCGACUGGUCUGAAAAUCUCCACUGAGCAAGCCAAUGAACGUGAAGUAGACUACGAUGUUCUUGGUUCGCAACAAGUGACACCAACAGCACAGAACUUCGGUGAAGCUUCAGAAUCGGCGAAAAAAGAGAAGCGGAAGCCUGAAUUUUAUUCUCCAUCCGAUCUCCUCCGAGACCCUACAGCUUACCCAGAUCCUUCCUCAUCAAACAUUGAGAAUCUGCCUUCCCCCGAAGGGUCUGUGGUUACUGUCAGAGACCACCCCGAACAUGCUGGUGCUGAUAAAGAGCGAGAGCUUGAACUUGAAGUUCCGCAAGACGCCAUUACCCAGCCCUCAGAGGAAAGUUCUUCUUUAGAAAAGUCCCUGCCUGACACCACUGGUCCUGGGUUCGCCGGACUUGUCGAUGCUGCUGUUAUUGCUGCUGCCAAGGAUGAUAGCAUGUGUGUUGAAUGCACCGAUAAAGAAGUUUCUGAGCCUGUCGCCCAGCCGGACGAUCAUCAUACUGCCGAUGUUGCUGACAAUACAGUGACUGCGAAGUCUUUGCCCGAAACAGACUUUGAAUCAUCCGUUGCUUCUGGAACCAGAAUUUCGGGAUUUUCUGAUGUGGUCGACGCUGCUGUUGCUGCCCAGGCAUCCUCCAAUGACAAGCCUGUGGAUGAAGAGCUAGGCGAGCCUGGCACAGCAAUUGAAGAAAAGCCACCCACCCAACUUGAGCUCGAGCCACCAGCUGAAUCUGAAGCAAACAGGGACUUGGUUUUCGAGUCAUCUGAUCAGCCCAUUGAGCCAUCACAGCCAGAGGAGGAGCCGGUCGUCGACGAGACAAAGGAGACAAAGUCUCAAAAGAAGAAGAAGAAAAAGGCAAAGAAGAAGCAGGCCGAGGAAAGCGCUGACUUGCCGUCCGAGCCUGCCGCGACCAGCGAAGAACAGAUUCCCGCGCUGGAUGCCACAGAAGGCGAAUCACGCUCCCUUGAGCCCGAACCAACAGUUGUUGCUGAGAGCGAAGGUCUUUCCGAGCCCCAGCCUGAAGCUGUACCAGUGGAAGCGCCAAGAGAACUCGAGGUGGAAACCGCACCUCUUGAGUCGACCGAAGCCUUGACAUCCACCGAUGAACAGCGUCCACCCACUGCCGAGCCUGAUUCAAUUUCUUCUAUACCGGUUGAUUCUGAGUCUUUGGAGCCCGCUAUUGCUCCCGAGUCCGAGGCACAGCCCGAGCCUGAAGCUGCUGUGACCGAUGCCGUUACCGAUGACCAGCCCGAAGAGUCUGCAGGCCUAUCUAAGAAGGAGGCUCGAAAGAACAAGAAGAAGAACAAAAAGAACAAGAGCGUUUCUUCUACUACUGUCGAAGAGGAUGCUCCCCGAGAUGUUGCGGAAGAGCAGCCACAAGAGACAGUGCCUACUUCCUUGGAAAGUCAACCUCAGCAGGAAGACCGAGAGCUCACCACUCAAACCGAGGAUAUUCUUGAGACUAGCGAGGUCCCAGCCGUGGAAGGAUCUACAGAGAAAGAUACUACCCAAAAUUCAAGCGUUGCUGAUGCCCCUGUGCAAUCCGAGCAAGAAUCAUCCGAGUUCCAAGAUUCUUGGGAGAUGGUAGAGCCCGCAGGCGCACAAGAAAACACAGAGGAACAAAUUGCUCAAGAUAUGAGCAUGUCGACUGACUCAUUCACGGCCAUCGAAGCACCCACACCAGAGUUGCAGGAAGCUGAGGCCGCAGAGCAAACCAAGGAUAUUUCAUUGCCUGGAGCUACUCCUGGUGUUGUCGCCACCCCAGAAGAGACAGCUGAGACAGACUCGGAUGCUUUCCACGAAGCAGUUGAGGAGCAGACUACUCUGAAUGAGGAAGGGAAGAGCGUUGAGAUUGAGCCUUCGACUGAAGCUGUUGCAGACGCAGCCACUCCAGCCCCUGCCGAGCCUGAAGAAAUUAAACCAGAGGAGAGUUCAGAGACACAGUCAAAGAAGAGCAAGAAGAACAAGAAGAAGAACCGCAAAUCUGUGGUCUUUGACGAGGCAGACGCUCCCCCUGAGCCUCAACCCUCUUCUGAAUCUGAGCAGCUCACUAAAGAUAUCAGCCCUGAGGAAUCAGCUUCUGUUGCCCCUGGUGAAUUGCUAGAGUCUGGUGAUGUUGAGGCACCUGAGACUCUAGAAGCUGCUAAAGACGUGCCCCUUUUAACAACCGAGGAAGCUGUUACAGAAGUGGCACCCCUGGCUUCCGAGCAGGAUGUCGCAACUCAAGAAUCCGAGCCUACUCCAACGUCCCAGGUCGAUGAAGAACCGACAACUUUCAAUGAGCCCGUCAAGGAAGCUCAGGAAACACAGGACCAGCCCGCUGCCAUUGUUGAGGCGGAGCCUGAAGUCCCCUUGACUGCAGCACAGAAGAAGGCUGCCAAGAAGGCCGCUAAGAAGAAGGCAAAGCAGGAGAGCGUUUCUUCUAUCUCGGAUGAGCAGACCCCGGCUGAGGGUCCCUCCACCGAGAGUCAGCCAGCUGAACCUCAGAUCGAUGAGUCCGUCGAGACCCAAGUGACACCCCUAGUCUCCGAAGAACCUGCUGCAGAUGUUCCAGCCUUGGUUCCCGAGCAGGAAGUAAUGACUCAAGAGCCUGAGCCUACUCCAUUGGAUCAAGCCGUUAAUGAAGAACCGACAACUUUCAAUGAGCCCGUCAAGGAAGCUCAGGAAACACAGGACCAGCCCGCUGCCAUUGUUGAGGCGGAGCCUGAAGUCCCCUUGACUGCAGCACAGAAGAAGGCUGCCAAGAAGGCCGCUAAGAAGAAGGCAAAGCAGGAGAGCGUUUCUUCUACCACGGAUGAGCAGAUCCCGACCGAAGUUCCCUCUACCGAACCUCAAACCAAUGAGCCUGUUGAGUCCCAGGUGACAGAAACAGCCGAGCUGGUCCCGGAAGCUGAGGCUGCACCUGUCGACGAAGUAAAGGAGAUUCCAGCCAUUGAAGUCGGCCAGACAGAGAACGAGGAGGCCAGGGAGUUGCAAGCUGAACCCGAGGCUGCGCCAGUCGACGAAUUAAAGGAGCCUCCAGCCAUUGAAGUCAGCCCGGCAGAGGUUGAGGAGACUAAAGAGCUGCAAGCUGAACCUGAACCCGAGCCUGUCCAAGAGCCCCAGCCCGAGCCUCCUAUGGACACUGUUGCAGAGACUCCUGUCCCUGAAGCUCCCCAGGCAGAAAUCGAGGAGACCAAGGAGCCAGAAGCUGCACCUGAACCUAUCCUGGACACCGCUGUGGAAACUCCUGCUCCUGCUCAGCCCACUGAAGCCGAGUCCGUUAAGGAGGUAUCUGAAGUGCCCCAAGAUAACCCAGAAGUUGAGCAAUUAUCCGAAGAGCCUCCGGCGGGUCUGUCAAAAUCCCAAAAGAGAAAAUGGAAAGAAAGGCAACGGAAAUUGCAGCAGCAGAGUAUGAGCUCCGCCCCCGAGACACCUGCAGCUGAGUCCGGCCCCGAGCCCGAGACUCUUGCCGCUGAGCCAAGCAAUGAGACUGGAGCUGCUUCGACAGAAGCCCCAGCUCCGGAGGCCACAUCUGAGCCUACGACCGAAAUCCCCGCAGAUUCCAGUAAGGAUGUCCAAAUUUCGGUAGAGAGCGAAGCUGUCGAAUCAAGCAAGGAUGCUGAUGCUGAGGCGCCUGCGAACGAGGAAGCUGCACUGCCUACCACUGAUGUUGACGCUUUGGAGCCUAGCCAAGAUACUCAUGCUGAGCCCAUGGCUGAAGCUCCCGUCUCCGAAGAGGUCCCUCCCGUUACUGACCUAGCCCAAGAGGAGGAAAUUCAAGCCGAACCCGAAGAGACUCAACAACCCAAGGAAGAUGAAUCAAUCAUGCUUCCUGCGGAGGAGACUCUGACUGACUCUCAUGAGGCUAAGACUCCACGUGAAGAGCCUGAAGCACCUGCAGUUGAAUCCGAACAGCCAAUGUCAGCCGCUGAGAAGAGAAAGGAGAAGAAGAAAAACAAGCGGAAGUCCAAGCAGCUUGAGACCCAGUCUGCUGGUGAGACUGAGCCCUCUCCUGAGCAAAUAGCCACCGAAAAGGUUGAAGAACCGACCGCAGAGGCUGAAAAUGCAGUCCCUGCUGAGAUCCCUUCUUUUGCCGUUGACGAGACUCCAGCUGUUGUUGAGCCUGUGGUUGCAGAAGCUGUCCCAGCCGAGACAGAGCCCGAGCUUAAGGCUAACGAGAAGCCUGACUUCGAGGAAAGCCAAGAUGCAUCCGUCCUUGACAAGGAAGUGCCUGUAGAGGUAUCGGCAGAUGAUGCUAUUGGUCGGGCCUCUGAGACUGGGAUUGAGCAAGCCGCAGAUACUGGAGAUGUAUCUGAAGAAUUGCCUUCUGAAGUCGUGAAUGCCGAGACUGCCGAGACUGCCGCUGCCAUUGAAGCGACAGAGGACUCAAAGGAUGUUGUGUCUACAGAGGAUCUACCCCCUUCCGAGGAAUCCACUGAUGACAAGCCUAGUUCCAAUCAGCUUGCGGAAGAAACAACUACAGGUGAGGAGCCACCAUCUGAAGCUCCUCCCAAGGAACCCGCUGCCCCAGUUAUCGACAGUGCACCUGUCGAGCAGGCCGAGGACACUGAAUUGAUCGCUUCAGGCUCGAAGAAGAAGAACAAGAAAAAGAAGAAGAAGGGACAGUCUACUCCUACCGAGCAAGAAUCUCAGGCCGACUCCCAGGAGCCUUCUAAGGAAGAGCCAGUUGCAGAUGAGCCAGCUGCUGAUGAAACUGUUGCCGCCGAGCCUGCUGCCGUUGAAGAAGCUGUUGCCGUCGAAGCUGCUUCUGUUGAAGCUACUGCCGAAGGACCUGCUGCCGAUGAAGCUGCGGCCGUCAAAGAUAUCGUACCUACUCGCGACAACAAUGUGGCUGUUUUAACAGAAGAGCCAGAGAGCACUGAAGAGUCCAAGCCACAAGAGGACCAAACAGAAGUUCUCGCAGUCGAACAGCCAAGCGCCGAAGCUGAACCAACCGAGUCUGAGCCUGCCUCCAAGAAGUCAAAAAAGAAGAAGAACAAACGCAAGUCCGUCGCUUUUGAAGACAGCAAUGAUGUGACCCAAGCCGAUACUCAAUCAGAACAAGAGCCCUCCAAGGAGGUCAUUCCGAGUGAGGACACACCCGAAGAGCGUGUGCUGACAGAAGAACCUGCUCAAACGACGUCAGAGAAAGAGAUGACCGAGCCCGACACUACGAUUGAGGAAGCUCCAAGGGAAGAAGUUGAGCCAGUUGAAGCUGUCCUAGCCAGCGAACAGGCCCCCGAAGCUGGCAUCCAAGAGCCUAGUACAUCGGAAGCUCCCAAAGAGGUCGAGGAUGCAUCAGCCGCUGUCCAACUCGAUGAACAGUCUGAGGCCAUGACUACCACUGCAGAGGUCGAAGAGGAGGACCCUGAAUUUGCCAAUUUGUCGCCCAAAGAGAAGAAGAAGCGCAAGAAGCAGAAGGAGAAGGAGAGGAAGAAAAUGGCCAAAUCUUUGGAUUUGACUGCAGAAGAGCCUUCUACGCCGACAGAGACGCCCCAGGAACCAGAAUCUGAGGCUCUUCAAGCUCAAGAUGAUCAGACUGCCGCGCUAGAGGACAGCAAGAUCGCCGAGGUCAUUGGUACAGACGCUGCUGAAAAAGAAGCCGCCUAUGUCCAGCCAGAGGUGGAGAAGAACGAAUACCCCCUGGACGAUCAACUCAUUGAGCCCGAGACAACUACGAGUGUGGAGGAGACUAUCACCGAGCCAUCAGCGGAAGCAGAUGCCCCGAAGGAGCCAGAGGGGCCUUCCGAACCUACCACCGAGGCAGAGCCCGACACCGAAAUGACUGCCGAGGAGCGCCGCAAAGCCAAGAGGGCGGAAAAGAAGAAGAAGCGCAAGUCAAAAAACCUCAGUACUGAUGAGGGCCCCGCUGAAUCCGAUCCCACCGACGCUACAACCAUCGCGCAAGAUGCCGAAAAAGAUACCACGGGACCCAAUACAUCCGUGACGGCUCCCUCGCCUGCGGAAGAUGACGGUAAAGAACAUCAGUCCCACGACAUUGGAACGCCCGACGUACCGGCACAAAGUUUGACUUCGACUGAUGACAUCGUAUCUUCGCAGGUAGAGCAGCCGCAGUUAGAUAAUCUUUCUGAUUACCCUCCCCAACCCGUGCUUGAGCGUUCGAAGGAUUUUGGCGAAGCAGAUGAUGGUGAUGAGAAAGGAAAUGAAGAGACUGCCCCCGUUGCCUUAGCGGCAGAGGAAGCACCGGCUUCAGAGGAGAAGGAGGUUGGUGUUGAAGAAGUUGUGGAAGAGAAGGUAGAUGAAACGUUCGAGAAAGACUUGGAAAAUGUAUUAAAGGAGGAGGAAUAUGGAGAAGAAAAUGUUGAAGCUGUUGUUUUGGAGGAGCCAUCUAUGGAAGAUCAAGAGAUGACCGCCAACCAAGAGUCUGCACUAGAGGUGCCCGAAGAGACGCCUGCUGAGACCACUAGGGACACUGCUGCUUCCAUUGUCCCUGAGCCGGCUGCAGUUGAGGAGCCGGAGACGUCCAAGAAGCAAAAGAAAAAGAACAAGAAAAACAAGAAGAUGCAACAAGAGGAAGAAAGCAUUGAAGCAGAGCCUUCCGCCGAGCCAGAAGCGUCAGCUGCUGAGGACAAAGAACAGUCAGAGACUGUGCCUUUUGCCCUGGAGCAAAAUAAGACCGAGGAGAUCCCCGAACUGGAGUCCGCCCCAGCUAUUGAACACGUUCCAGUUGAUCAGGACCAGCACACUGGCGAUGUACCUGAGCCCCAGCCAGUCGAAACCGUUGAUUCUCCCAAGGAGAUUGAGGAUGUCGAGGAAGCCGAAGCCCAAACCCAAGAAAAUGCUCAAGGUGAGGAUUUUGAGCCUUCUACCACAGGUAUCGAACUCCCCGAUAAACAUCCGGAUGCGCAGAAUACGCCAGAGGCAGAAGAUGCUGUUAAUGCUAAGGAACCCGCAAUCCUACCUUCUGAAACGGUUGAGGAGACCAAUGAUCCUGCCCCGAAGGCCGCUGAAGAGGAACAGCCGCCAGGUGCAAGCGAUGAAGUUAAAUCUGUUGAGGCGUUCACUGAGGUCCCAUCCCAGGAGACCGCAGUAGAGCAAUCAAAAGAAGCUCCGGCUCCAAGUCCGGAAACGCUAGAAGAGACAGCUGCUGUGGACCCCGUCGCGGAAGAAUCUGUUGAUGAGUUCAAGGGCUUGAGCAAAAAGCAGAGGAAAAAGAAGAUGGCAGAGAAGGCUGCCGCUGCCGCUGCCGCUGCUGCCGCCGCCGCCGCCGCCGCUAGUGAAGCCGAAAAAGAAGUUGAACCACUUCCUAUUAAUGAAGUUUCGACUGCUGAGCACGUCCCAGAGCCUACCGAAGAAACGCCUCAACUGGAAGAAGAUGUGCAGCCUGCAACGGAUGAUCAAUUGCAGCCCGAGUCUGCCGACAUGAAUACUAGCGAGCAGCCAGUACCAUUGGUUGCGGAGCCUGCCGAGGAUGUUGCCGACAAGUCAUCAGAGACACCUCUCCAGCCGGUUCAAAACGCCGAAGAAGAAACAGUUGUGGCCGCACCUGAGCUCUCGAAGAAGGAAAAAAGGAAGGCCAAGAAAAAAUCCAAACAGGGGUCUGCUGAACUGACUACCGAUCUCAACGAGGUAGCAGCCCAAGCUUCGGAGGCUGAAAGACCCGAUACUACUUUAAGCGCUGAGGCGCCUGGUACAGAUGAGCCAAAAGAAACUGUGCCUGAGCCAGAGCUUGAGCUCCUAACUGAUAAACCCUCUGAGCUCAACACGCGGGAGAUUGAGCAGAUUGAGUCUUCCACAAGUCGCGAUUACGGAGAGCCUGCAGAGGAAGCUGUGGUUCAGCAAGAAGAUGAAUCUCAGAAGACGGAUACCGUCGCUCUGGCGGGUCCACUUGAUUUGGCCUCGUCGGCUGAGGCUGAUGUGCAACACGCCUCUGUUGAGCCUGCCCAGGAUGCCGCUCAGGAGGUUGCUUUCGAGAGGGAUGAGCAAAUCGACGGGGAGGAAGCUGAGAUCCAAGCACAAGCCUCCGAGCAAGAGGAAAAACUUGUGACCGAAGAGUCUUUCGGAGAUUUGCCUAGAGAUAUGCCUCAACGGGCUGAAGGCAUUGUGCUUGAUCCAAAGAAAUUGUCCAAGAAGGAACUACGCAAGGCCAAGAAGAAGGGUCUUCUGUUGGAAGAUUUGCCGGUGGAUCAGGAGGAGCAAGUUAUGCCGGAAAGCUCUACUACAGUGUCUAAGGAUGCAGAAAUCCCGCCACUGGAGCCCUCUGCGGAGAUUGAAGAAGUUCCUUCUCAUGAAACGCAGCCCACAUCCGAACCUGCGCCGCCUAGAGAGCAAGAAGUCCAGCCCUUGACAGAAGUUGAAACUUCUACGGAGUCAGCACCAAUCCUCUCUGAGCCAACGGCCGAUGAGCCAGAACUCUCGCUCUCACGGAAAGCUUCCAAGGCUUCAAAGAAAGCAAAGAAGGCCAAAAAGGGCCAAGCCUUGGACUUUGAACUACCAUCCAAUGUGACCGAUGAUCAGGAGCUCCCAUUGUCCACCGACAAAGAACUGUCUUUCAAGGAAGAGCCCAAGCUUGAAGCUCCGAUGCCAGAUGAGACAACACAAGAUGACGAGUGGCCCAGAAUUGAGUGGGAGCAAGGCAAAUCUACAAAUACAGCUUCUUCUCAUGAUCAAACUGCUGAGCCUGAACCUGAGCCCGUUGCUGCCAUUCCAGCCUCUGACGCCAUUGAAGAGUACGAUGAGCAUGCUAUUCCAGCAGCAUUGCAGGAAGCCAAGGAGCUACAGACAGUAUCGGAUGAACCCCUGAGUAAAAGUGCCAAAAAGAAGGCUAAGAAGAAUAAAAGGAAGUCCGAGCAAGCAACACUGGCAGAGCCCGCUGAGUCUGUACAGGAGCCCUCCCAUGCGCAGGCUGACCUAGCCACUGAAUCGACACUUGAGCCACUCGCAGAUGUCUCGGCCUCCCGCGAGAUUGAAGUUGAGCCUCCCGCCAGGUCUUUGACCCCCGGAGGAUCCAGCGUUGCAAACCUUUUCCCUGGAUUGCCUCGGGCAGGAUUUCGACUGAAGAAGACAGCUGCGUCGGUAAAAGAUAGUGCUGAGGAUGAGACGACAGAGGACUUGCAAGCCAAUCGCGAUAUCGCGAUUCCCGUCUCGGAAGCACCCCCGACCACCGAACCCAAAGAGAUCCUCAAAACCAGCGCUGACGCACUCCCCGAGACUACGAAUGAGACUAGCUUGGCUUUGGAGCAAGCUCUCUCGCCAACGGAGGUUACUUCUACAGAGAAACCUACAGAGGAGCCAAUAUCCCCAGUGUCUCGUGAGCUUUUCUUGGAGGAAACAGCUUCAACACCGGUGCCCUCUGCACCAAGAGAACAAUCUCCUAUGCUUUUUAGCUCAUCUCCGCCUACUCGCGCGGAAGAGCCAUCUUCGCCCCCGCAUCUCCUGCCAUCCCAAAUGGAGGUUGCCGAUGAAUCUGCAUGUGAAUUGCGCCGAACUACCUCCGUCAUCCACGGUAGACACCAGCAUACUCCCCGCACUUGGAACUUGGAAGAGCAAUCCAUUCCAGCUAUGGCCCCUUCACCACCUCGGUCUCUAUUCGGAGGACCAUUUGGAGAGCACGAUUCAAUCUCUCGGCCCCGUACUCCACUAGGCACGAUUGCGGAGCAAGAACCAGGGGACGGACACAAAGGUACCACGGCUCAGCACGGGACGCCCCGCCUAGAGAUCAAGCCAGAGCAUGUCUUACGACCUGUUACUCCAGAGCGACCUGUUCCUACAGCACGAAGUAUUUCCCCCGUGCGGAAGUUUACAGACAACUCCCACGGGCGGGGACGAUGGCCGACACCAGAAAAUGAAACUCGUCGCAGCCAGGAAGAUUUGAGCAGAAGUCGCAGCGGCGGCGAGUCCCCUAUUCUAAAAACACCCGAGCAGGGGAUGCCGGUGUUGAGACCCUCUGGUAGCAAGGGCACACUGCGUCGCACGAAUCGGAGUACGAGUAGCGAUCUGCGGGCGGCUAGUCGUGCGCUAGACGCCCAGCCUCCCUCAAAUCUCGAUCUCGAUCAGCUUCCUUCCUCUUCCUCUUACGACCCCGUCACCGACAAGGGCAAGCGUCCUAUGCGCAACAUGUCGGAUGUCUACGAAGGAUGGGGUGAAACUCCCAGUUCCCCGCGGUCGCCCAGCCGACCGCCUAGUGUCCGUCAUCGCCGAAGCAUCCAACACUUACAAGAUCUUGAAUCUCGUCUCGACCAAUUGAUUUCAGACAACCGUUUACUCGCCGCUGCUCGAGAUGAAGCUGAAGAUAGACUGCGCAAUUCCAGCGUCGCUCGGCGGAAAAGCGAUCAAGCCCUCUACACCAGUGGCGCCGACUUGCGAGACAGCAAAGCCGAGAUCGAACAAUUGAAGAGCUCUGUGGACUGGUUGCAAAAGGAAACGACUCGCCUCACACAGGAGAACGAAGGCCUAACUGCAUCCAAUGCUGCCCUCGCCGCUGCCCAUGCUGCUGAGGUGAGCAAAGUGCGCGAAUCGUCAACUCGCGAGCUCGAUGUCCUGCGGUCGCAACAUGACGACCUGUCGAGCCAGGUGGACGAGCGUGUCCGACAAGAAAUCGAAUCCGCUCUAGCACAGAAAGAUGCUGAGUUGCGACGCCUGCGCGAAGAUCUUGAAGUCGCACGCGAUAAAGUCAAGGAGUUACAGCAACAAAUUUCCGCCUCGGUCCAUGACAACGCCCUUGUCUUCCGAGAUGAGGAAUUCUUCGACGCUGCAUGCCAGAAGCUUUGUGGCCAUGUCCAACAGUGGGUGCUGCGCUUCUCCAAGCACUCUGACCAUCGUCGCUGCCGUGCUCUGAGUGAACUGCAUGACGAAAAAAUUGCCGACCGCUUUGAUAAUGCCCUCCUUGAUGGCUCCGAUGCUGAUUCCUUGCUCUCCGAUCGAGUGCGCCGCCGCGAUGUGUUCAUGUCGGUCGUGAUGACCAUGGUAUGGGAAUACAUCUUCACCCGAUACCUAUUUGGUAUGGAUCGGGAACAACGCCAGAAACUCAAGUCUCUGGAGAAGCAAUUGGCAGAAGUUGGUCCUCGUCGCGCAGUUCACCGCUGGCGCGCUACCACCUUGACCUUGCUGUCCCGGAGACCAGCAUUUGCUGCCCAGCGGGACAGCGACACUGAAGCUGUUGCUUUGGAAAUCUUCGGAGUCUUAUCACGUGUGCUCCCACCCCCAUCUCAAAUGGAAGCGCAGCUGCUAGAAUCCCUGCGCAAGGUGCUCCGUGUCGCUGUCAACCUUUCCCUCGAGAUGCGUACUCAGCUGGCUGAGUUCAUCAUGCUACCGCCGCUUCAACCUGAAUAUGAUACCAAUGGGGAUUUGGCCCGCCAGGUCUACUUCAAUGCAUCAUUGAUGAAUGAGCGCAGUGGCGAAACUAGCUCAAAUGAUGAGCUGGAGGCGCAGCAAGCUGUUGUACGCAUUGUUCUCUUCCCUCUCGUUGUCAAGAAGGGUAACGAUGUUGGUGAGGGCGACGACGAGGUUGUCGUCUGCCCGGCUCAAGUCCUCAUCGCCCGCCCUGGCAAAGACAAAAAGAUCUCUCGAAUGAUGAGUGGUGACCGGAUGUCGCUGGACGCAAACAAAUCCGUUCAUAGUGUGGCACCUUCCACCUUCACAAUGGACAUGGGCAGUAAUCAGUUUUGA